CCCCGGGACCGGCCGCGGGCCGCCCACACGGGACGCGGCCGCGGGCGGAAGCGGAGGCGCCGUGAGGCGAGGGCAGCGCUGGCGGGGUGUGCUAAUUGGAGCUUGUUCCCAUCGCUGGGAUGGCUCCCUGGGUUCCUUUAGGUACGAUGGCUCGUGUCUUUGUGUAUGGCACGCUUAAGAAAGGCCAGCCCAACUACAAGCACAUGAUAAACACUGCCAAGGGGAUAGCAAAAUACCAAGGAAGGGGCCGCACCGUGGAGAAGUACCCUCUGGUGAUCGCAGGGAAAUACAACAUCCCGUUCAUGCUGAACAUCCCGGGCACGGGGCACCACGUGGCCGGGGAGAUCUACACCGUGGACGACCAGAUGCUGCAGUUCCUCGACGAAUUCGAAGGCUGCCCAGACAUGUACCAGCGCACGACGAUGAGAAUCGAGGUGGUGGAAUGGGAAGGGAAAAGCAGCGCGGCCGGGAGCAGCGUGAUGGAGUGCUUUGUGUACAGCACGACCACCUACCAGCCCGAGUGGGUCCAGCUGCCCUACCAUGACAAUUACGAUUCCUCCGGGACUCACGGCCUCUCCUACGUGCUGCGCGAGAGCAGGGAUUAAACCAGCGCAGCCCCGCCGAAGACGCAGUAGCACGGUAGCCCUUCCAGGAAACCCGUAAUGCCCUUGUAUUAAAACCCGAGAUCUCGUGUAACCUCCCAAACCUGGGCGCAUUGGCUGUAGCGUUGACGUGUCGUAGGCCUGGAGGCUGGCACACAGCCCCGGCUAGGCACAGCCUGCUGCCCCCACUAACCCAGCCUAACUGGUUUCGCGUGACGCCUGAAACAAGCGUAUCUGUCUGCGCGCACCCCUCUGGGGGUUUGGGUUUUAUCCUCCACCACCCCCAGCCUUGCCUCAAGUACAGGGCUGAGGUGAGUGAAAGGCAGAUGAACACACUAAUUUUUUUUUCUUACCAGAAUUGAUAAAUUUAUCACGUGUGUUCUCCAAGGCGGGCGGAAUAAUGACGCUAUUGCACUAAUAGCUAAAACUGAUUUUUAAAAAUUGUAUCUGCAGACAAAGUAAAGCACACCUCACAUUUAAUAAUGCUUUGUGUUUGGUAGGCUACUGAAUGUAAACAAACUGGGCAAACAAAUGUGUCUUGGGGGAGAAAUGACCAUACAGCUAGCCUGCACUUCAAGGUAAAUCUGAAAUCACUGUAGAAAUAGAGGGGAGAGAAUUUAACGAUGCCUAUUCCUACUCUGUGAUGCAAUGUUUUUCUGAACUGGAGAUGAUUAUUUUUAAAACGUGCUUAGUUUUAUGAGAAGAGAUAUUAAAGAAAUAUUAAAUAUUAAAGAGAAUUACAUUUCCAGUUGUAUUUUUAAUUUAACAUCUUAAGCACUUUAGGUACUAUUUCAGAUCACUAAGGGACUGGGGGAUCUGGGAGUUGCAGGCCAGUGAAAGCAAACCUGAUUUCAGCUGCCCACCACACUACACCUGCAGCUGGGGCGAGCACUUACUGUCCAGGUGACUUUUAGCCAAGCACUUUAAUGCAGAACUUGCAGUCAUAUGCAGUCUGAAUUUCUUUUGGGGGGGGGGGGAUUAUUACUCAUGUAAUAAUAUAAAAAAAAAAUCCCCAAAGGACCUGUAUGUGAUUUAAAAAAAAAAAAAAAGACAAAAAGAAGACUGUUGUUCCCAUGAGCCAACCACUUGUGCUGGUUUCUGUACAGUCUGGGGAAACUGUGGCCUCGUGUUGUUGCUCUCCUGUGCCUUGUAUUUCCUUCAACCGUGGUGUUUGGUGUAUAGAUAUUGUACAAAAUACAAAGCUGCCGAAGGGACAAGGCUGUGUGCUGUGCAGUGAGCCAAGGUACAAUGAAAUGUACUGAGGAGACCGUUACAAACAAGCUUGUACUUUGCUUCAUUGCCAGUAGCUCUGGGAUGGCCAGAGGAGGUCAGCGCAGGGAUCCAGGGUAAGCAAUCAGCCUAAAAACUUCAUUAGGCAAAGGCACUGCUGCAGUUCAGGCAGAAAAACAGACCAAGAGCUUGUGUUUCUGCAGUAGGCAAAUGAAAUGCCUUUCAAGUAGAAUAUUCAUGGUUUUUUUUCCUUCUUUAGUUUAGGGCAAGCUGCUGGCUGAGUUGUGCCCCAAGCUGGCAUUAUGGAUGCUCCUAGGAAAGGCUGCAGGGGCUCUGCCUCACUUUCUCCAACUGCAAAAGCAGUGCUGUGCUUGGAGGUCGGGUACUGCCCAAACACACACCUCAGUCAUUGGAAAGAUAAGUAAACUAAACGAAGCAGAUCUCUGUGCUAAGAUAUGGCCCCCUUGGCCAUACGAUAGUCAGCAGCUUUUCAAAGAGACGACCAAUGCACUCAAUGCACUGCCCAUCAUGUUCCAAGCAGAAUGAACGUUUCUGGUUAAAAAAAUGAGUCACCAGCCCUGUCACAGACUGGUUUUUCUUUUUGUUUUCUUUCUUUUAUCUGCCUGUAAAGGGCCUGUCUCUGGCCAGAGGGUUUUUUUGUUUGUUUUCUGGGAAUUAGCAGAACCCAGCGCGUCUUAAGCAUGAAACUACCGGCAAGCCCCCUCCUCUCUGAGGCAGUGUUAAAGGCAAAGCAGGACCGGUGGGGCUGCCACAGGCACAGCCCCGUGGCCUGGCUCCAGCCCUGGGAGCAGCAGGGGCCCCGGCAAGAGCUGGGGGGGACUGUGGGGGCACCGCCGCGCCUGGGGGGCUGCAGCUGCUGACCUGGGCCUUCAUGGGUUAAGGGAAGAAAGAGCCCUCAGAUAACCACACGCUAACAGUGUGAGCCCAGUAAACUUCUGGUAUCUGUGCCUGGCUGUGGCAUUUCGUUCCCAAGCUCGGUAAGAAAAAAGAAAAUAAAUGGUUGUUUAAAGUGACCAAAGUCACUGCAGUCCCGGGCACAAGGGUGUAAGACAAGUGAUGGUUCUUCCAUUUUUGCAGGAUUCAUAACAGAAAACCUAAAAAUAAGUAGGAGUUUUGCAGCCUAAGAAAGGACCUGCAUCUCUUUUAUGAAGCAUGCUUUUAAAACAGUUUUUAACAGUACAAAUAACAGUUUUUCAAAGCUUUCUAAUGCCAAAAAUACAUACAUAGCACCAGACCCUCUCACUUCUGUUCAUGUCUCUUAAAUCUUCCUCCUCUCCGGGCCUUACCUGGUUUCCCAUACCAGAUACACAGCUCUUCCAGCACAAUAUAAUCAUGUAUUAUGAACAGCCCCUGUUCCUCACAGCGUCUUUAGAAGGAGAUUCUGCACAACAAAAGGCCAGGCACUUGGGUCGCUCUUUCCCAGAGGAGUUCAGGAGGCAGCGUGCUUGGCCUGAGGGCCAGCAAGUGCCUCCAGCAAUACCCUGGGGCAGCUAAGGGGAUUUGAGGACUGUGCCAGCUCCUUCUCGAAGGCCUUGCAUCCAGUAAUCAAUAGAAAGAAGAUAAAGGGGAGGGCAGUUGAGUAUGGAGUCUGAAUAAAAGAGGAAAUUUCCCUUACAACUGCAAAUGAAAAUACAUGGGGAAAGUCUGCACUAGCGAAAUAAAGCAUCUAGCUCGAAAUUUAAAGCUAGUCUCUGCAAAGGCUUCAAAUUAUUACAAUAAAUCUGACCAGAAUUUAAGCCAUUGGCAGUGAUUGUUCAGUGCUUACAGAGUUUAAGGGAAACUGCUCGGUUCAUUCAGUGAUUAAUUUGUCACUCAUCAACCAUUCUGUACAUUUGUCUGGGGCCUCAAACCAGUGAUAAUAACCAUGGAGAAGAUUAAUCAGCUUUGGGCUUUUGUUGAGUUUUCUU